AUGUUGGGCUGCCGGUGGCUGCUGGCGCUGCUGGCGCUGCUGACGGUGGGGUUUCCCAACCCGGGGGGGGCCGAGGAGGGGCUCCGCUUCCCCUCCCACGACGGAGCGCCGCGGGUUCUGUCCGUCACAGCCAGCAAUUACCGCGCGGCGCUGCGGGGCUCCCCGGUGGUUGCGCUGCUCCUUCAUCGGCCCGGGGGGACGCGGAGGGAACGGGAGGAGCGCAGGGAUGUGGAGGAGCUCAUGAUGGAGCUGGCGGCGCAGGUGCUGGAGGACAAAGGAGUGGGGUUUGGCUUCGUGGAUGCGGAGAAGGAUGCGGCCACGGCCCAGAAGUUGGGGAUGACGGAGGAGAACAGCAUCUACAUCUUUAAGGGAGAUGAGGUGAUUGAGUACGACGGCGAGCUGUCAGCCGACACGCUGGUGGAAUUCCUGCUGGAUGUGCUGGAGGACCCCGUGGAGUUCAUUGAGGGUGACCAUGAGCUGCGUGCGUUCGAGAACAUUGAGGAGGACCCCAAAGUCAUCGGAUACUUCAAGGGGGUGGAAUCAGAGUAUUUCAAAGCCUUCUCGGCGGCAGCAGCAGAGUUCCACCCAUACAUCCCCUUCUUUGCCACCUUUGACCCCAAGGUGGCCAGGAAACUGACCCUAAAGCUCAACGAGAUCGACUUCUAUGAACCCUUCAUGGAGGAACCACUCACGCUCCCCACACCGCCCCAGGGCAAAGAGGAGAUCGCCGCCUUCGUGGAAGAGCACAAGCGGGCAACACUGCGGAAGCUCAAACCUGAGAGUAUGUAUGAGACAUGGGAGGAUGACAUUGAUGGGAUUCACAUCGUGGCCUUUGCAGAGGAGGACGAUCCUGACGGCUUCGAGUUCCUGGAGACGCUCAAGGAGGUGGCGCGGGACAACACUGAUAACCCCGAACUCAGCAUCAUCUGGAUCGACCCCGAGGACUUCCCGCUGCUCAUCCCCUUCUGGGAGAAAACCUUCGGCAUCGACCUCUCCCGGCCCCAAAUCGGAGUGGUCAAUGUCACAGAUGCUGACAGCGUGUGGCUGCCGAUGGCGGAUGAGGACGACCUUCCGGACGCGGCGGAGUUGGAGGAGUGGAUCGAGGACGUUCUGGAGGGGGAGAUCAGCACUGAGGACGAUGACGAUGACAACGAUGACGACGCCGAUGACGAUGAUUAGGGUCACUCCGUCCCUGUCCCCAUCCCUGUGCGUGGCCAUUAAAGUCCCCACAGAGCCACACUGGGCUGUGUGACUGCGGGGAUGUGGAAGACGGGGUGCGGGGGGGCAAAAAUGUCCCUAUACGGGGGGUCCCAAUGUGUGUGGGGAGGGAGGGGGACACCCCAGGGAUGGGGGCACCCCCAGGGAGGGGUACACCUCUGAGAAUGGGGACAUCCUGAAGGGGAUGGGGACAUUCCUGUGGGAUGGGGACGCUCCAAAGGGGCAGGGACACCCCUGGGGGAUGGGGUCACCCCGAAGGGAU